UGGAGGUGAAGCUGCUGGAAGAGUUUGGAAACAAACUGGCGAUCAGAUCAGAUGAGUGUCAGUCCUCUGGCAGACAGACUGAUUGUUGACGGCUCAGUGAUGAUGAUGAUGAUGAUGAAGAGUGCGAUGAUCUUCAUCCUGACGGCGUCAGAGAGCAGCGCGAGGAUCCACCAGCUCAAACUCAAGAAUGAGACGCGGUUUCUGGUCCAUUUGAACUCGUUUGGUUAUUUUGCAGAUGGCACUCUGGAGCUCCAUCUCGUGUCUCUGAAGCUGCCGCAGGAGAAGAGUGGCUCCGGGAAGUUCCGUCUCACGAUGAGCGCAAGCUUGCAGGGCCUCUACAACCUGGACUUCCACAACUGCCUCAAGGCCAAGACGCUGAGUCCGUAUUCUCUCCACUUACUUACGCUUUAG